CCCCACCCUUUCCCCCGGCACCGGGCUCCUCCUGCUGCCGGAGCAGUGCCCCAGUAGAACAGAACUACUGACAAGGGGAGGUGAGAAGGGCCAUCAGGCCAUCAGGACUGUGAGAGGACAAACCCAGUUUGGAUCCUGGGAUCCCCAUCCAAAUUGGAUAGAAGCUGAAGAAGAAGUAGACAUCAAUUCUAACUCUAAACUAACCUUCGUCCCACACCCAACUAGAUUUUUAACCUCCAAGGCUCUCAGUGCCACACAGUGGGGAGGGGGUGGGGGUCACCAUGUCAUCGUAUCAGAAGGAACUGGAGAAAUACAGAGAUAUAGAUGAAGAUGAGAUCCUAAGGACCUUGAGCCCCGAGGAGCUAGAGCAGCUGGACUGUGAGCUACAGGAGAUGGACCCUGAGAACAUGCUCCUGCCAGCUGGAUUAAGACAACGUGACCAGACAAAGAAGAGCCCAACGGGGCCACUGGACCGAGAGGCCCUUUUGCAGUACCUGGAACAACAGGCACUAGAAGUAAAAGAGCGUGAUGAUUUGGUACCCUUCACAGGAGAGAAGAAGGGGAAACCCUAUAUUCAGCCUAAGAGAGAAAUCCCAGCACAGGAACAGAUCACCCUAGAGCCUGAGCUGGAAGAGGCACUGGCCCAUGCCACAGAUGCUGAAAUGUGUGAUAUAGCAGCAAUUCUGGGCAUGUACACGCUAAUGAGCAACAAGCAAUAUUAUGAUGCCAUCUGCAGUGGAGAAAUCUGCAACACCGAAGGCAUUAGCAGUGUGGUACAGCCUGACAAGUAUAAGCCAGUGCCAGAUGAGCCUCCAAAUCCCACAAACAUUGAGGAAAUGCUAAAGAGGGUCAGAAGCAAUGACAAGGAACUGGAGGAGGUGAACCUCAAUAAUAUACAGGAUAUCCCAAUACCCAUGUUAAGUGAGCUGUGUGAGGCAAUGAAGACAAAUACCUAUGUCCGGAGCUUCAGUCUGGUGGCCACAAGGAGUGGUGACCCCAUUGCCAAUGCGGUGGCCGAUAUGUUGCGUGAGAACCGUAGCCUCCAGAGCCUGAACAUCGAAUCCAAUUUCAUUAGCAGCACAGGGCUCAUGGCUGUGCUGAAGGCUGUUAGGGAAAAUGCCACACUCACUGAACUCCGUGUGGACAACCAGCGUCAGUGGCCUGGUGAUGCAGUGGAGAUGGAAAUGGCCACUGUGCUAGAGCAGUGUCCCUCUAUCGUUCGCUUUGGCUACCACUUUACACAACAGGGGCCACGAGCUCGGGCAGCCCAAGCCAUGACUCGGAACAAUGAACUACGUCGCCAGCAAAAGAAGAGAUAACACCACCCUUCCCCUUAUCAACUCGGUCUGGGAGCCCUGGACACGUAAAUUCUCCUUUCCCCUUUUCCUGUAAAUAAAGGCCCUUUUGUCCAUCC